UUAUCAUGGACACAUCUCUUGUUUUGCCUUUGCCCACUCUGGUCCCAUGGGAGGUCUGUGGGUGUGGGGGAUGAGAGGGGGCGCCUGAGGGCAGAGGGAGCAGUGUGUGUGUGUGUGUGAGUGAGUGAGAGAGAGAGAGAGAGAGAGGGCGGUGUUAGACAAUACAGUUCCUCCUCCUCCUCCUCCUCCUCCUCCUCCUCCUCUUCCUCUCCACAUAUAUCCCUCUGUUCCACAGGAGGUGAAGCCUUUAUUUAGUCCAGAUCUUGGUCUGGAUUUUAUCUCUGGCAUUUAUGACACUGUGUGGGUCGAAAGGCGAAAGAGUGGAGGCACCUGAGGAAGAAGAAGAAGGAGAGGCGAAGUGAGGGAAUUAUUAUCAGAGAAGUGAUCUCCAUCCUCACACCCUUCAUCAUCCCUCCUCCUCCUCCUCCUCUCUGUUUACCUCCAUCAUGCUUGGACGGAUGGACGAGUAGCCGCACUUUCACCACUCUCUGUCCGUCCUCCUUCUAUUGUCUGGGAUCGACACAGAAGGCUGACUGAUUUCAUCAGCGUCAGCAUCGUUCUGAUUUUUAAUCCUCUCAUCAGCAAACACCUCAGCACUGACACUUUAGAGCGACUCCGUUUGACCCUGAAGAUUAAUCCCAGGUUCCAGAAGAGAACAAAGUCGAGCUACUGCUCUUUUUAAUCUCUUCCUUCAACAUUCUGGAGCUUGGUUCCAUCUGUCAGCGUGAGACUCUGCUGUGGAAUAUGAGUUAAUCUGAAGUUCAAGGCAUCGCUCAGAAGCGCACAGAGCAAGUUUUGGGGUUUUUUAACGAAGAUUAUUUUUUCCUUGUUCCCAUCUACCUCGUUCAGGGUUCCUGUGGAAGAGAGAAGGUGAAGGUCAACAGCUUAAAGAUGAUGCUGAGUCCGGACCAGGCUGAGGCCGACCUCUCCUGGACCCAGGCCGACCCCGAGAGCAUGCUGAGCGGGCUUAAGGCGGCAGCGGGCUGCGUCUCCGACGAGCCCGCGGAGGGUGAGGACCGCGGCGUCAAGUGUAAGGCGGACCCGCCGCUCAGCCGGGAGGAGAAGCGGAGGAGGCGCCGCGCCACCGCCAAGUACCGCUCCGCACACGCCACCAGGGAGCGCAUCCGCGUGGAGGCCUUCAACGUGGCCUUCGCUGAGCUCCGGAAGCUGCUGCCAACUCUGCCGCCCGACAAGAAGCUCUCCAAGAUCGAGAUCCUCAGACUGGCCAUCUGCUACAUCUCCUAUCUCAAUCAUGUCCUGGACGUCUGAAGGACCCGGAGCUGGGACUCCCACAAACUCUGAACCAGAGCCACGGAGAAGGUGGAGCCGGUCUGGACCGGUCCGGACGGGACUUGACUGAAAGGCACAGCCGGAGCAGGUGUUGGGUCAGUUAACCAUCUGAACUCCGUUCUUUAUCUGCAGAGACAAGUCCAUCACUGAGGUCGUAAACCCUUCAAAAUAAUUAUGUCUAUUUUUUUAACUUAGGGGGAAAAAAAACACCUUCCAAAAUGUACAUCGAAAUUAUUAACAUCCAUAAAAAAGACGUGACUGAAACAGAGUUCCACCGUAGAAGUGUUUUCAUCUCUAAAUUAGUUAUUCUAAAAAUGUGUUGUUUUUUUAUCACAGAACUCUUUUGAAACGGAGCUUAAAUCAUAAAACUGUAAAAAGUUUUCCGACAUCAUUUUCGUUCUUUGAAUUCCCUUGAACCCGACCAAAUCCACGAAGUUCACAGUUUUCAACCAAACUGGACUGAAAUGCUGAUUUUAAACCAGUUCAUAGAAAAUCAAACAGAUCUAAAACAGUGUUUUUGACUUGAGAAUCAGGUAAAUCUGUCUCUCGUUCUUUAUUUCACUGAUAUGACACCAGAACACUGUCAUGACAGAGACAAAUUUCUCAUUUAUUUUAAUCAGAAAUCUCUCCUUCAAACAGAGAAUUUAUUUUUCAACACAGAAAUAGAAAACCUUGAGACACAAUUUCCAAACCAUUCAAUUCAUUAAUAAAACGAGAAAAAGAACUGAAGGUUUUUACAACAUCUUUAGAAACGGCCGAACAAAACUGUUUUUGGUAAAUCAUCCAAAUGUUUAUUUUAGAAUUUGGUUCCAUUUAAUACGUCCCUGAAACAGCUCGUCUGUAUAACCACAUAU